UAUAGAGUAGUAGACUAUCCAUGUGCGCUAAAGGUCUGCGCUGAGGCCGCGGUGCGCUAUUACUCAUUGUCAAGUGCGCAUGCGCAAUGCGAGCACGACUAACUUGAAGUGCUAACACCGUACACGGCACCGCAACGAGGAGGUUACAGCCAUACAGACAUAAUGGGGAAGAAACAGAAAAGUAAGGGAGAUGACGGUGCCAAAGACGACGGAGUUGACAUCGACGCGCUUGCAGCUGAAAUUGAAGGAGCAGGAGCAGGCAAGGAGCAGAGCAAAUCAAAGAGCAAGAAAAAGAAAGGAAAGAAAGAUGACUUUGAUGAGGAUGACAUCCAGAAAGAACUGGAGACACUGUCAUUAGAAAACCAAGGAGGAAAAUCUAAAGAAGAGGAAAAGAAAUCCGAUUCAGCAGUGGACGCUGAACCUGAGCCCGCUCUGAGUAAAGCGUACAAGAAGAAGGCCAAGAAGGGUAAAAAGGCAAAUCUGGAGGAUGAGGAAGGUGAUGAAGAUCAGGGUCAGAACAACAUGGAAAACGAGCGCAGGGCGAAAGACACCGAGACGGUGGCGGCUCCCGCUCCUGCUGGUGCUGCUUCAGACUCUGAGGAUGAGGGCUCGCGGUCACGGCAGAAACCUACGGCUAAAAAGAAAGGUGGCCGAAAGGGUUCGGCUGACUCGGAGGACGAUGAAGAUGGUGGUGCGAAGAAGGGUGGAGGAGCGGGUGACAAUGAUGAAUCAGACGAUGAUUCUCAAGCCGCACGCAAGAAGAAAAGUAAAGCCAAACCAGACCUGUGGUUGUCAAGGAUGGUUAAAGACAUCCUAACAUUUUCAUGGCUUAUAUUAGAAACUUCAGAAGUGGCAUCACCCACAUCAGAGACACCUCAGCCAAUCACAACAGAGAUGGAAGUGGACAAACCUGAAGCAGAGCAAGUUAAGGAGCCAAAAGCGGAGGCUGCUGAUCUGGACGAUUGGGAGGCCAUGGCUAGCGAUGAGGAGAAAAAGAUGAAGAAGGUUCACAUCGAGGUGAAGGGAACUACUCCGGCAACACAAGAACCUGCUGAAGACCAAGAGAACGGCAGUGAGGAAGAAGAGGAUGAUUUUAAUCUGAGGAACAGGGGUAGUUCUCUGUGUGACAUCUCCAUCCUGGUGGUGGAUAUCAUGCACGGUUUAGAGCCACAGACGAUCGAAUCCAUCAACCUGCUGAAGGAGAAGAAAUGCCCCUUCGUAGUAGCACUUAACAAGAUUGACCGUCUGUACGACUGGAAGAAGAGUCCAGACACAGACGUGGUGGCCACACUGAAGAAGCAGAAGAAAAACACCAAGGAUGAGUUAGAUGAGAGGGCUAAAGCUGUCAUCGUGGAGUUUGCGCAGCAGGGACUUAACGCUGCCCUGUUCUACGAGAACAAAGACCCUCGUACAUUUGUGUCCCUGGUUCCCACCUCGGCCCACUCGGGUGAUGGGAUAGGGAACCUCAUCGCCCUGCUGGUGGAGCUCACUCAGACCAUGCUGGCCCGCCGCCUGGCUCAUUGUGAUGAACUUCGAGCACAGGUCAUGGAGGUAAAAGCUCUUCCUGGAAUGGGUACGACGAUAGACGUCAUCCUGAUCAACGGUUGUCUACGGGAGGGUGAGACUAUUAUCGUCCCC